AUACGUGGUGCGGAGCGGGUGCACGGGCGCGCCGUUUGCGCUCGUGGCGCUGGUGGCGGUCGGGGAGGCGGAGGCGGUCCCGUCGGCGGCGACGGAGGUGGAGAAGUGCUUGGAGGGGACGCGGACGGGUGGGCGCUGCCCCGGGGGCGGGACGCCGCUGACUGAUGAUGCUGGCGGCGUGCCGGGUGUCGGUGCGCCGGGCUGCGCGGCGUUGGAGAGGAAGCGGGACUGGGAGUGGUUGGAGAAGUAGCUGCUCAUCGUGGUCGUCGUCAUCGGCGGUGAUGAGAAGAUGCGAGUAAUCAAAAUUUACGGCAAGCGCGCGCGUCGGGCCGGGCGCCCGCCUCCCCUCGUGCGCGUCGCCCUCGCCGUCGUCGGCGCCCAUUUCGCCUUGCCUCCGCCCGUCAUGAAGCUUACGCUGCGCCCAGAGUGGCGGAUGUACCCCCUCUCCUCUUUCCUUGGUGUCCUCGAUCUGAAGACCGGGGUCAUCGUCGCCCUGCUCUUUGCGCUCCUCAACAAGGUCGCCGGCGUGUACGGCCUCAUCGCUGCCCUCACAGGCGCCGGCGGCUCCUUCGCGCAGAUCAGCCUCUACCUCUACUCUACUCUCGCCCUCGUCGCCAUCGCCCUCGGGCUCAAAGCCGUCAAGCGGGUGCGUCUCCCCUCCCCGUUUUCAUCGCCAUCACAUGCACUAACCGCCUUCACUGCACAGGAAGACGCUAAGCAGACGCUCUACUUCGCGCAUUUCUUCUUCUUCGACCAUGCCCUCUCCACCGCCUGGGUCAUCUGGUUCGCCAUUGUCUGGUGGGUCAAGACGCCGCAUGACGGGCGGCGCCAGGCGCACUCCGCCGCGCAGGAGGCCAUGAUGCACGCCGCGCCGCCGCACGAGCCGAUGACCGACGCGCAGCGCGUCGCCGCCGCGAUGGCGAUCUGGGAGCAGGAGAAGGGCUUCGCGGCAGCCAUCAUCGCGGUCAGCUGGCUCUCGAAGCUCUACUUCGCCCUCCUCAUCUACUCCUAUGCCUCCCACCUCCGCAAGGGCUCGUAUCGCGCGCUGCCCCUCUCCCGGAGCACGCCCGUGCUGUCUGCGCAGGUACCCUCGCACUACGAGAACGGCGCGGCGCCGUACGACGACACGGCCCUCGGCCUCGGGGAAGACGAGGACGGCGUGGACGACUUCUACCGCGUGCCCUUGAGAACGCCUGUCAGCCGCGGGGGCAAUGGCACCCCCAACGGCCGCGCAAGUACACCCCUCAGCCGCAACGUCACGCCCAAUGGACACAAGCCCGGGCAGGGCUCCGCAUCCAGCCUGGCCGACUUCGUGAGCGCGCCCCGCGGGAAGUCGGGGUUGGGGAACGGGAAUGGGGAGGUCGUGUUCGACGUGGAGGAGCGCCGAUAGCAACUCGGGCUUUGAUAGCUUGCUGACUUUGUGUGUGCUCUCGUCGUACCCUGCCUAAUGAUACCGGCAUACCUCUUCCUUCGCUGUCUUCGCGUGCUUGCCUUGCGGGACAUGGUAUCUUGUUCUGGGGAACACGGUAUCCGUCCCCAAGCAUUUUCAGCCACCCGGCUCCUUGCUGGUCCCCGUUGACUUCCAUACUCACCCUCCGCUCCCUUCCCUCCGCUCCCGCCUGUUUGCUGUAUGGGAUAAUAGAACACUCGUUGUACGUAGACUCGGCUC